UACAGCAGGCUGUACCUCAAAGUGUUGUUCUCUUGUUGUUCUCUGCUGCACAAGAAGACAACAUUGCACUAUGAAUUGAAGCCGGGGAUUAUUUUGUGUGAUAAACAUUUUGAUUGCAUGAAUUAGAAUAACGCUUGAUCUUAGUUGUGUGUGGAGAGAGCACAUAAAACCAAAUACAAAGGCAGCAUGAGAGGGGAAACUGCUCCACUGAUUCCUUGAAAUUAACCAAACAAACAAAGAAAAGUCCAGUUGUAUCUGUGCACACAUGCCACACUGAAAGGAUCCCCGGAGCAGAGAUUGGACGAGAGACAGAAAGCACUUCUUUCCCAGCCCUCCACCGCUGCUGUUCUCCCAGUACCACGCAAGUGAGAGAGCGGGGUGGCGAUGAUGACUGCCCUCUUGGACUCCUAGACCACCUCAGAUAGGCUGCACCCCCCCCUACCCUCCCUCCCGCUGGUCCACUUCUAACACACACAGUCACUUUUCAUCAACCAGCCUGUCCGGUAAUGGAUUCCGGGCUCCUGUUUGGACCAGUGGUGCCCACAUCGGACCCGACCGGCGGGGCACCCUGGAACAUCAGCUCCAUCAGUCCGCUCCGGCUCAUGGAAAUGUCUCCUGUCUCAACAGCUGGUUCCUUCAUCUUUCCAACGGUGGACGUUCCAGAUCACGCUCACUACGCCAUCGGUGUUGUCAUCCUGGUCGUGGGCAUCACAGGCAUGCUGGGAAACUUCCUAGUUAUAUAUGCGUUCUGCAGGAGCCGGGGCUUGCGGACGCCGUCAAACAUUUUCAUCAUCAACCUUGCAGUCACAGACUUCCUCAUGUGUCUCACUCAAGCACCUGUCUUCUUCAUCAACAGCAUGCACAAGCGAUGGAUCUUUGGAAAGAAAGGAUGUGAGCUGUACGCCUUCUGCGGAGCGCUGUUCGGUAUCUGCAGUAUGAUGACACUGAUGGUUAUUGCGGUGGACCGCUACGUGGUGAUCACCAGGCCUCUGGCCUCCCUUGGGUUGAUGUCUCGCAGGAAAGCCCUGGGAAUCCUGGCGGCUGCCUGGGUCUACUCCGCAGGGUGGAGCCUUCCUCCCUUCUUCGGCUGGAGCGCUUAUGUCCCAGAGGGUCUGAUGACCUCUUGCUCCUGGGACUACAUGACGUUCACCCCGUCCGUCCGCUCCUACACCAUGCUGCUCUUCACCUUUGUCUUCUUCAUCCCCCUCUUCAUCAUCAUCUUCAGCUACUGCUGCAUCUUCAGAGCCAUCCGACAGACAACGCGAGCAAUAACAAAGAUUAACUGCCAGGGAAAAAGAGACUCGGCAAAGAGAUUCCAUAAGAUGAAGACUGAAUGGAAGAUGGCCAAGAUUGCCCUCAUCGUCAUCCUGCUAUUUGUCAUCUCCUGGGCCCCUUACUCCUGUGCGGCCCUCACGGCAUUCGCUGGGUAUGCCGAUUUGUUGACUCCCUACAUGAACUCUGUUCCUGCCGUGAUUGCCAAAGCGUCGGCGAUCCACAACCCCAUCAUAUACGCCAUAACACAUCCCAAAUACAGGUCAGCCCUGGGCAGGUAUAUCCCCUACCUCGGGGUACUGUUGUGCGUUACGGGCAGAGGCCGUUUCAGCAGCAGCAGUUUCCUGUCAACGCGCCGAUCAACCCUCACCAGCCAAUCAGAAAGCAAAAGCAAGCCCCGCACCUCGUCCCUGUCUGAGAGCGAAUCAGCCCACUUCUCGGACACAGAGGAGGAAUGCUCCUCCCGGACGCCUGCCGGGCGCCAGUUGUCCGGUGAUGUUAAGCAGAUACGCCAUUGCAGCCAGAGGACGAAGGUGAGGAGCGACAACGCGGCGGAGUUGGGGAGAACCGCCCCCCACGACCCCACUGACCCGGCCCCACGUGCCCUCUCACAGAUCACAACUGUGAAAGAACCUGAAGACAUCUCCAUGUCGGACAUCAGCCUGAAGCCAACCGGUCAUCUUCCUGCUACUCUGGACAGCGGGACGGACGAGUCUCGGCCGAGGACUAGGUGUAAGACAACGGAAUCUGUCAUUGUGACCUCCAUGUCCAGCCCGUCGGUACUGCAGAGCCCCUGCGGUUUCCCCGGUAACCAAGGGGACCGUUAACACGGAGAGGCCGCAGACCGAAGCACUAAACAGGUGGACAAACGUACAAUAACCGUGGUGCGAUUGUGCGUGUGUGUGUUUCAAUAUUUCCUUCCAUGGGGAUUUGUAUGUGCAAGCAUGUUGUUUUGCUUGUUAUGGUAACUUAAUUAUUGUUUGCAUACAGAGUGUGAGCAUGUGAGCGUGAAUCCCAAGUAAGCGGAAGUACGUGUGUUGGUAUUUGCACAUAUACUGUUUUUCACAUAUCACGGGGGUUGGAGAUGGUUCAUCUCAGGGCCGGAGGCAAAAAAGCCUUAAAAACACAAACUGAAAAGUUUAUUCUCUGGGUUUGGGUAAUGAAUACAUAAAAAAAAAAAAAUCAUUUUUAGUUCAGAUUCUUGUCAUAUCUUGUCAUAUUUUAGUAAAAUAAAUCGAAAUGUGUGUUUUUUUAUUGUGUUUAGAUACAAGGUUGAAGUCCUUUAUUCUCCAGUUCAUACAUUUUUGUUGUAUUGCGUUUUUGUAAUAUUACAUCACCAUCCGCCUAUUCUGCAAAAGAGCCACACUUGAGUUUAUCAGCCAUAAUACAUUUUUGUUAAUACAGAUGGUCAAUAUUCAAAAUAUAUAUUUCUGUCUGAAAUUAUUUCUAACUGAACCAAUUCUCAAAAGCCAAACUUAUUUUUAUUGUUUACCUUUUUUUAUUGAGAUGUAACCCAAAACUGAUUUUUAAAGACCCUUGGAACCACCUGCCCUACCAAACCUACUGAGAAUCAACGCCCUGCUGUGCAACUAAAUGCUUGUUUAGGCCACUUUAAACGUGUUGUUUUGGUUUACACAUUUAUCAACACAAAUUGUUCUCAGGUGCAGGUGGAGAAAGUACAUGAACUUCAUUGGGAAGCUUAUGUUGUAUCGUUUAUUCUUAAUGUCUAUGUAGGAUGUUUGCUAACACGUGCUUUUGAAAUGUAUGCAGAUUUUACAUCACAUGAAAAUAUAUUUUCUGUGUAGUUUUGUAUUUAUUAUUCAGGAAUUAUUUCAGAUUAAAAGUUGUUUAGGGAGGUGCAAAAAAAAAAAAUCCCAAAUGCAGAGCUGCAGAGUGCUCGGUAAAGUAAACCGCAGCAUCGAAUGUAAAUUCAAAUGAACCCGUGGGAAACACUGCUGAUGCUAUAACGUCUGCUCCUUCAGGCUUUCCUUGUAGUUCUAGUUGUCCAAAAAAAAGACACUUGCACACAUUCAGCGAACAUUCUACGAAACACCAGCGAUGUUUUAAAAUCCUUUUGAUUUCCCAAGCUCUUUUUCCACUUGUGUAUAUUAGUUUCCUCAGACAUUUUUAGGAUUUCUUUAAAAUGAUCAACAAUCAACUUAAAGUCUUAAAAUCUUAGUUAACACGGCAACGACGGUUAAAACCCCCACAUUGUCUUGCAGCACCCAUCAAUGGUUGCAUCUGAAAUUGCAUCCUGUGCACCAUAAAUUCAAUAUUUGAUGUAUAUUCAACCUACCUUUGUAUCGAUUGAGAAGUUUCAACCUCAUGUGACCAAUGUCUGAACUACUGUAAAAAAUACAUAUACCAUGAGCAGAAGUAAAAUCUGAUUGAAAUUGUAAAGAUUUGUUCCGCAGGUCAAUGUCUUUUUUUAUGCCGAGGUGGUGUUCAGUGUCCAGAAAUAGUUUGCAAUCCAUGAACUAUUGGUUCUAUACUAAAGGUUCACAAUAAAAUCAUACGUACACGUUAAGCGUGCAAGAAGCUAGUAUGGAAUUUUGGACGUGACCGCGUUUUAUUAAAAAAUAAAUAAUCCAUCAUUUACUUUAUUCUUUAAGUGAUGGACUUGCUGAUUUUGUUUUAUCUGCAAAGAAUGUCUUGUCUUGUUAUUUAUUUUUCUAAAUAAAACUAAAAUUCUGCCCUA